AUGAACUUGACAUCAAGCUUUGUUCACCGCAAACCUUUAUCUCAGUUUUUCCGGCUGAUCACCCAACUCAAUCUUGCCCCAGUCAAUUGUAUUUUUGUUUUUGACGGAAGGACAUGUCCAAAGAGUCAGUGUAGUCAGAGAGAGAUCUCCGAGUAUCAGUUGUACGAUGACGCCAAGUCAUUCAUAGAGCCUGCAGGAUUUCACUGUCAUGUGGCACCAGGAAAAGCCAAUGCUGAACUCGUGGAGAUGAACCAGAGGGGUGUAAUUGAUAUGAUUCUAACUACAGACGGCGACACCAAUUUACUUGCCUUACGUCCAUUAUGUGUUGCGCAAGUCAACUCACAGGAGAGUCAUCAGCUCAAUGAGCUUGUCCUCAACAUUUAUGAUAUCAACGCAGUCCGCCAUGCACUCCCUGAGUCCGUUGAGCAUCAUUGCAAGCGGUUGUUGACUUAUGAUUUAAAUGACGGCCACAGCGUUGAUAACGCAAUCAAACCGACUACGUCUUGGACUAUUUCUCCACUUGGUCCAUCAACCAGUCACUGGGUACCUCUCAUUCAAGAUAUCCAAGCACUAACGAAAUGCUGCCGUUCUACUCUGAAUUGGACCGAUGACAAGAUAUUGAGGAACUUCGAACAGAAGGUAUACGCCGGUGCAGUGACUCAGAUACUCUGUUCGAAGCAGGUAUACUAUGACUAUCGGGAUGGUAGCCUUUUGGCUGCCAGACUCACUCAGCAGAUUGCGAACCAAACAACGCUCCUAAAUCCCAAGCCAGUGCUUCCAAUUUCGGUACUCAAUCCACAAACCGUUGACCCCCAAGAAACAGUACCUGCCACCUUUUCCACACGGUAUUUCAUUCAGGAUGUCCUUCUUGCACUAGGACAGCCCAGCAGCAAUAUAGCCAAAAGUGGUGACAGUUCCAUUCAGCUCCAUGUUCCAGUUGUUCUUCUUCUUGCAGCAACAAAUCCCAGCCGAUACGGGCGUGUUAUCGACCAGCCGUCGCCUCCGAUUUCCCAAGAUUUUCGCCUUCUUGAAGGGGCACCAAGUGCCAUCCACCGUGACGAUUAA